AUGCCUCGCCCGCGGGUCCUCUCGUUCAUGUCCCAAUGGGGCGGCUCCUCCUCGCCCCGCGGCAACACGCCUUCCCGCGACACUGCAAACUCGCCCAAGUCCCCGGCGCAGUCCCAGGUCGCGCCUGCCCCGGCCAGCCACAACCUCGACAACUUUGUCAAGUCCUCGCCCACCCAGCAGCAGCGCCAGCGCUCCGACUCGCGCCCCUCCUCGCGCCCCAUCUCCAUGGUCCAGACCUACCAGCCGCCGCUGAUGGAGGUCGCCCAAGACACGUUGCCCGAGCUGCAGCCCAUCUUCACUUUCCUCAACUCACACUCGAACAAGCUCUACCAGGAGGGCUACUUCCUGAAGCUGCACGACCUCGACGCCCGUGGCCGUCCCAGCCCCGACCGGAAUUGGACAGAAGUCUUCGCCCAGCUGGUAGGAACCGUGCUUUCGGUCUGGGAUGCCCAGCGCCUAGACGAAGCCGGCGAGGAUGGCGAGGUUGUGCCGAGUUUCAUCAACCUGGCCGAUGCCUCGAUCAAGAUGAUUGAAUCGCUACCCAUGAACGGCCCGGGCAGCCAGAUGCUCAACAACGUCUUGAGCGUAUCGACAGCAGCAAACAACCGCUACCUUUUCCACUUUAAUUCUGUCAACUCUCUCACCCAAUGGACGGCUGGCAUCCGCCUCGCCAUGUUCGAGCACGCCAGUUUGCAGGAAGCCUACACCGGAUCGCUCAUCGCCGGAAAGGGCCGGUUCCUGAACAAUAUCCGCCAGAUCAUGGAGAGGACCAAGUUCAAGUAUGAGGACUGGGCUCGAGUGCGCUUCGGCGCUGGCACGCCAUGGAGACGCUGCUGGUGUGUCAUUACCCCACCGGACGAGAAGGAGGUCAACAAGAUCCAGAAGGCCCUGAAGAAGCAGACCAUCUACGACCGCUCGCAACCGGUUCUGAAGGGUGACGUCAAGUUCUACGAGACGAGAAAAAUCAACAAGAAGACGCGCCCGAUCGCUACCAUCACAGAUGCAUACUCGGCUUAUGCCAUUUAUCCACAAUCGAAGCCCCUCAUUGAUCAGUCGACGUUGGUCAAGGUCGAGGGCCGCAUCACCAUCCACUCGAAGCCCGAGUCGACCACGGAAGGCUUCGUCUUCGUCAUGCCUGAGGCGCACCCCGCAGUUUCGGGUUUUGAGAUUAUGCUCCGCUUCCUUUUCCCCGUGUUUGAUACUUUCGGAAUCUACGGCAGACCGACACGCUUGGUGGCCGAUGCUUUGGAUACCCGCUCUCUAAUGUUUGCUAUGCCCAAGGAUCGGAGAUAUGGAUACUUGGACAUUCUGGAUGUGGCAAGCCUGAUCCACGGCGAUGGCAGUCAGAACUGGUCUGAACGGCAGUGGAGGAAGCAAAUGAAGGACUUGACCUCCAAGAGGAUGACGGCCGUCCCGCCCGAUCGCCAGCGCAGCCGCCGCAACACCACAAGCCGGACCAGCUUGCCCCCGUCUCGCACGACAUCUAUUCGGUUCAACGAUGGCAGCUCUACUCACUCCCAGCCUGGCACCCGGAAUGUGUCUCCUGCAAGGGGUGGAGAAUUCAGCGUCCAGCCACCACGCCGCGCCGAAACCGCCUCCCCCGGCAGCCAAUUGAUGCGCCACCAGCGCUCAGUCUCUGAACGCGUCGGAAAUUCGAGGCUGAUGCACAGCCGCAAUGCCUCGGACGAUCUUUAUGACGGUGCACCCCCACCGCCACCCCAUCGCGUUGCGCUCAACGGCCUGAACCGCGACAGCCCCGCAAGCGACGUCUCCUCGACGCACUCGUCUGGUCAUGACCAAUUUGCGUCAGAAGGCGAAUCACCCCACGAUCUCCCCGAGAUCGGCGCCACGUCCGCUGCUAAGCCUCCCCCUACCCCUGUUCACUCGCCUCCUGAGUUCUCUCACGGACCCGGCCAGAAGCCGAGGAUCCAACCUUACGAGGCCGAAGAGAUGCGCCGAGCCCAAUCUGGCAUCGACGAGGCUACGCUUCAGGAGAUGGCUGAAGCCAGCCACAGGCCCAUUCCAGCACAUCUCGCUCCGGCUGCAGCCGCGGCCGCUUGGAAGUCGAACCCCAACAGCUGGGCCUCUCAAGGUCGUUUGAGUGACGAGAGAGAGCGCAACCAGCAUCCGUAUGCUGAUGUCAAAAGGCAGUCGAUUGAAGAGAAUCGUUCGUACUGGAACGACCAACAGAACAACCGGCUCCCUACGAUUCCUGCAUCUCCAUACAUUGCACAAGGUGAACCUCACUCUGCGACUAGCCCCACUUUCGCUCCCGUGGCCCCUCCGGUCCCCGAGCACAAGGAAAUGCCCCAGGACUACUUUCCCAACCAGGACGUAGCGGCUGCCGCUAAUCAUGGUGGUCAAUACGACCGCACCUACUACGGCUCGCAGUCGCCCGGAGGUCUCUCUGCCAGACAUAGCAUUCAGCGGAAGCCAGUUCCAGGUCGGUUUAGCACUCCCCUUUCGGCGGACAACCCCGCCAUUCCUAAAUCUCCUUCAAAUUCGAGUCUUGACAGUUUUCGAAGAGAUAUGAUUAAUCCUGACACGAUUCUCAACCAGCUGGCCGCUCAGGAUGAAGCUGAGCGAACGCAGACUAUGUCCAGCAGUGUCUAUGAUGACGAGUCCACUGGGACGCCCGACUACGCCAGCGUCAAGAGUGCGAGCACGAAGCAGUCGAGACCGUCGGUCGAGAGACCUCGCGUCGGGCGGCUCAAGACCGUUGGCGAUAUCCCGCCGCCGCCGCCAGCUCACGAAGAGGUUGUUGUCGGCGACGCACGCUACAAAGAGGACGCAAGGCCGAAUGAGAAGAUGGAUCUUCCCACGAUCGAUUUUGGCCCCACCUACGAUUUGACCAAGACUGACCCCAACUCGGUGCGUCCUGGAACCAGUGGCACCAUCACUCAGGAAGGCCACUCAAGGUCGAAAUCAAGGGAUCGUCUGUCCGCUACUGAUUAUUCGAAUCCACACACACCUCAGGACGCCUUAUUUGGCAGGACCAGCCCAAACACCCCAGGACAUCGCCGCGCGAACUCGAAGUCGCCGCAGUCAAACCAGGAUGGCGAAGACGGCCGCCGGAGCGCACUCUGGCAGCCAACCCCGGGUCGUCGCAGUGCGAGCCCAGGCUAUCGCAAGAGCCUGACGCCCGAGGAAUGGGUCCACCAGCGUGCCGGCUCGAGUGUGUCGCCAGUAUUCUCUCACGGACGGAACCAAUCCACUCCCAAUCUCCUUGGGCCUGAAAGCAAGACCCCAACGAUGAGCCGGAAUCCAUCUGGGGAUUGGUCUCAGCUCCACCAGCGUACACCGCCGAAGGAGCGUGACCCGAUGCGCCCUCAUUCGCGGAAUGCAUCCAAGCUGCUCAAUGAGGGUGCUCAGGCGUCUCGCUACCACUCACGUGGCGCGUCAACACCUUUGGAUUAUCCCUCUGCCCGUCCCAGCUCGAGGGGCGCCAACGCGAUGCUGAAUGCACAGCCCACUGGUCUCAUUAAAUCUGCCGAGUCUGCGCAGCUCUCCGCUCGGGAGCAAGAGCAUGUCGCUCGCCUCACUGGCACCCCGCUUAUCAACAUGGCGAAGUCCCAAAACCAGCCUGAACCCGAGAAGCACAAUGGCCUCGUUGGCGCCAUCGCAGCCCGACAAAGGGAAAAGGAUGACUUCAAGAAGGGCAGCCGUAACGCCCUCGUGCAACAAGCCAUUGUUGCUCGUCAGCACCAGGUUCAAGCCGAGGUGGCGCGGGCUGAGCGCGACGCACAGCGACGCGCUGAGCGUGAAAACCUGCGGAUUCAGCAGGAGCAGCAAGCUGCCAUGAUGCGUCAGCAGCAUCAAAUGCAGAUGAUGCAGGCGCAGAACAUGCAACAGAACCAGAUGCAAAUGGGCCUGGGCAUGCAGAGCAUGCAAAUGCCCAUGCAGAACUACGGCAUGGCGAUGGGAACCCCUACCCCGGGGUCGAACUUCGCGAUGCAGGGCAACUAUUUUCCUCAACAGCCACAGCAGCAGCAGCAACAACAGCAGCAAGGAUAUAUGGGUGGAAUGCCCAUGAUGCACCAACAACCCAGCCAGCAGAGUUUCACCCCGCAGCCCUACGGCGCUGCCUGGGACCAGAAGCAGUCUGGCAAAUCGCCCAGGAGAGGUUAA